GAUGGACUCGAUCGUUGCAGUUGUGGAAAGUUCACUAUUUUUCUUCAAAAUGAUUUAAAAAACAUUAUGAAAACGUGUGAAAAGUGGUGAGGUUUAGUAACGAGGUGAUAAAGUGGCACGGUGUUUAUAAUGUCGAUGUUUCGGAAGCCGAAGAAGAUUCAACGGCGCGUGUUUACUGCGGACGAUGACGAGGAAGGAGACGGGGAACCGCAGCCGCCGCCGCCUCCAGUCAUCAGCAAACCGAAGGAAAAGCCCGCCAAAACUACUUCUCUGCUAAGUUUUGCUGAUGAAGAAGAAGAAGGUGAAGUUUUCCAGGUCAAGAAGUCCAAACAGAGCAGCCGGCUGGCCAAGAGACGUGAGAAGGAGCGCCGGAAAGAUGACGACCCCAGUAAAGAUGAUAUUAAUAUGGACGUUGAUAAUCAUGUCAAUGAGCCACCAGCAAACACAGCGAAUCAUGCAAAGCCGAAGAAAAAGGUCACUCUCGAGGGUCUUAUUCUGUCUGGACGGGAGGCCUUAGCGGCUGACGGAGCGGGGGAUGUAUCUGACGAGGCCAGCGGAGAAGAGGAAGAUAAUAGGGGGUUCCACCAGUACCGGGCCGAGUCGGUGCGGGCCGCGCUGGCCGUGGGCGGACACAUCCCCGACGCGGCGCUCAUCCACGCGGCGCGCAAGACCCGACAGCAGGCUCGCGAGUUGGGCGGUGACUACAUUCCAAUCAAGCCGUCGGAAGCCAAGCCGGGGUCGCGGCUUGUGCGCGACGAUGGGUCGGGAGACGACGACGAAGACGGACGGAUUGAAGUCCGCGGCUUGGAUUUGCCCAGUGAUAAGCCAAAACGGGGCACAGCGGCAGCACCUACAAAUGAAGAGUUGGACAGUGAACCGGAUGAGUGGGAGGAGCAACAGAUUAAGAAAGCGAUGCCUGCCAUACCGGACAUAACGGCUGAGGGCGGGAUAGAGCUGAACCCAUUCGCGGUGGCGCCGCCGCCGCCGCGCCUGCAGGAUGCGCCCGCGCACCUGCGGCCGCUCACCACGCCGGGGCGGCCCCCGCCCGCCACCGCGCAGGAACUCGUCGACGCCUUAAGGACGCGGCUACAAGAGCUGCAAGCGGAGCAAGAUUUGACGGCGCGCACGCGCCACGAGCUGGAGGCGCGGCUGCAGGCGGCGGCCGGCGCGCGCCUGGCCCGCAGCGCGCGCCGCGCCGCGCUCGACACCGCCUACCGCCGCGCGCAGGCCGCGCGCGCAUACCUCACCGACCUCAUCGAGUGCCUUGAUGAGAAGAUGCCCCAACUAGAAGCCCUAGAGGCGCGAGCGCUGGCCCUGCACCGGCGCCGCUGCGAGUUUCUCAUGGAGCGCCGCCGCGCCGACGUCAGGGACCAGGCGCAGGAUGUGUUCGCGCUCGCUGCCCGCGCGGGCGCGGCCCGUGCGCCGGAGCCGGAGGCCAAGCAGCGGCGCGCGGCGGAGCGCGAGGGCCGGCGGCGCGCGCGGCGCCUGGCGCGCCACGCCGCCGGCGCGCUGGCGCACCGCGACGGCGACUCCAGCGACGACGACCUGCCGCCCGCGCUGCUCACGCAGGCGCAACACGAGACAGAGGCCAUCCGGCAGGCGUCGCUGGCGCUGUUCUCGGACGCGCUGCCGGCGUGGCGCAGCGCGGCGGGCGUGGCGGCGCGGCUGGCGCGCUGGCGGGCGCGCGAGCCCGCGCUGUACGGGGACGCCUACGUGGCCGACUGCCUGCCCCGGCUGCUGGCGCCCUACGUGCGGCAACAGCUAAUCCUAUGGAACCCGCUAGCUGACUCGGACAACGAGGACUACGAGCGCAUGGAGUGGUUCCGCUGCCUGAUGAUGUACGGCGUGAGGCGCGCGCCGCUCAGCAGCGACUCGGACUCGGACGGCGGCGAGGCGGAGCCCCCCGUCACGGAGGAGCACACGCGGGAGGACCCUGACGCCAUGCUCGUGCCCACCAUCCUCGCCAAAGUGGUCAUGCCUAAGCUCACAGAGCUGGUGGAGCAGGCGUGGGACCCGCUGAGCGUGCGCGCGUGCACGCGGCUGCGGCAGCUGCUGCCGCGCCUGGCCGCCGCGCCGGGCGCGCGCGCGCCGCUGCAGCGCCUGGCCGCCGCGCUGCGCAUGCGCGUCGUGGCCGCGCUGCAGGCCGACGUCUUCCUGCCCGCGCUGCCGCCGCACGUAAUGGAGGGUCCGGGCGGCGGGUUCUGGCGGCGCUGCCUGGGCGCCGGCGUGCGGCUGCUGCGGGCCACGCUGGCGCUCACCGCGCCGCCGCCGCUGCUCAGAGCUGACCCGCACGUGCUGCAACUUAUAGAAACCCUAUGUUGUGCGGCGGGGGCGGCGCCGCCGCAGUGGAUGGCGGCGGCGGCCGUGGCGUUGGCGGAGACCCUGCCGCGGAGCGGAGCCCUGCGGGCGAAGGCGCUCGCCCGCGUCGCCGCGCUCGCCACGCUGGCCCUGUCGCGCCUGCAGCCCGACAACCCGCUACACUUAAAAGCCUUAGACCAAGCGAGAACAGUGAUCGCAGAAGCAAAAGCGUUGGAAUGACACCACGAAGACGAGAAGUAUCCUAUACACACGACUUCAACUGACCAACGAUUGGUCAACUUCUAGUGAAGGUCUAAAACCAGGUAUGCUCAAAACUUACAGCUAAUAUUUCAAGGUUAGCCCAGCUGACGUCAUCCCACCCUGUAUUGCCAUUUCUAAAUAAAUUACCCACAAUCAAUGUUUUUAUACUUACUUUGCAAGGAAAUUUGGAACUUUUAGUAAAAGAUUUACUUACAGUUUUAAUAUUUUUUUGUAUAUGCUACAAGUAAUAGUAAUUAAAUACAUUAGUUAGUAAUUCACUUAAUUUUCAAUAAUAAAAUUUACCUCCUUGGAAUGUUGGAGAUACCAAUUGAAUGGUAACACUUACGUCAUCAAUGGGCUAGCAAUGGCGACUUGUCAUAGGAUUGAGCAUACCUAGUCUUACACCAUGCAUUAUUGUGUUGCCGAACUAUCGAUAGUUCCCCUUAUACAUACAUAAACUCACGUCUAUUUCUGACCGGGGUAAGCAGAGACUGUAAUUCCAGCUCCGACCCUGACACACUUCUCUUCUCUACAUUUAUCAUUCGUUUCAUAUACACACGCCGGUUUAGA